AUGGUAUUAAAUGUGGCGAUUUGUGAACGUACUGUUUACAACAUUGGGGUACUAAUGGCGUCUAGGUUAGACUCGCCUUUCGAUCUUGAGCGUUGCGGGCCAGCAGUGGACAUCGCUCUGGACGUAAUCAACGAGAAGUUUCUGGCGCAUCACAACAUAGAAUUGAAAAAGGUACAAGGCAGUUAUCCGUCGUGCUCCGGCGCGAUCGCCCCGGGUCUAGCAGCGGACAUGCACUUCAAGAACGACGUAAUAGCAUUUGUAGGCCCUGCUUGCGCCUUUGCCCUCGAGCCCGUCGCCAGGUUGGCCGCCUAUUGGAAUACACCUAUCAUCACUGGAAUGGGAGACCAGCCACCGUCAGAGGGCGAGCUGGCGGCUCCGGCCAGCGUGGUCAGCCGCAUGCACAGGCUAAGGAACUUGCGCAAAGGGACACGGCCGCAGACUUUGUUCAAUGACAAGGGCAAGUACCCGACGCUGACGCGCAUGUCGUACUGUCAGUGCCGGCUUCCACGCGUCUUCACCAGCGUGUUCGACCGCUUCGGCUGGGCGCACGUCGCUCUUCUCCUGGACAAAUCAGAUCUAUUCUCACUUACUGUUGGUAAGAGUUUAGAAUGGGGUCUUCGCAAGGAGGGGGUACUGAAGGCUGUGCGAGAACUGGACGGCAACGAAAAGGAAUCGUGCGAGGCGCUGCUACUUGACGUCAGCAUGUACGCCCGAGUGGUAAUCCUGAGCGUGCGCGGCUCUUUGGUGCGUGAGUUCUUGCUGGCUGCGCACGCGCUCGGCAUGACGCGCGGCGACUGGGCCUUCCUAGAUGUUGAAAUAUUUCAAGGUGGAUACUGGGGUGAGACGGGUUGGGAGGCGGGUGAUGAGCGCGACACUGCCGCGCGCGCUGCCUACGAGGCCCUACUCAGGGUCUCACUCAAGCUGCCCACCGGUGACCGUUUCGAUGAGUUCGCAGACACCGUCCGCACGCGCGCUAAGGAUCACUACGACUACAGCUUCUCUGACGGAGAAGAGGUGAACUUUUUCAUUGGUGCUUUCUACGAUGGCGUUUAUCUUCUGGGCAUGGCGUUAAAUGAAACUUUGACUGAAGGUGGAGACAUAAGAGACGGCAGGAACAUAACGCGACGCAUGUGGGGGAGAGAUUUUCAUGGUAUCACAGGCCAUGUUCGAAUAGAUCCGGUAGGCGACAGGGAUGCUGAUUACGCCAUAUUGGAUUUGGAUCCUGUAACGGGUAAAUUUGAGGUGGUGGCGUUUUACUACGGCUUGAACAGCAGCUACCGUCCGGUGGCGGGCAAGGCGAUACACUGGCCGGGCGGCCGCCGCGCCCCGCCGCCCGACAUACCGCGCUGCGGCUUCCUGGGCACAGACCCCAUGUGUCAGGGAGAGGCACAAACAGUUAUAAUUUACUGUUUUAUCGGACUGGCAUUGUUUCUGAUGUUCGCUGUAACUGCUGCAUGUAUCGCAUACAAACAGGCGCGUAUUGACGCGGAGAUGAACAACAUGGCGUGGCGCGUGCGGCCCGAGGAAGUGUUGCUAGAGGUGGGCGCGUUGGGCGCCAGCCCCGCUCUGCACAGCCUCAACGAGGUCCUCAAGUUGUCACUAAGUUGGAGUCAAACAAGCGCGGUGCCAUCAGUGGGUGGACCUCCUAUCACCCUGUCAUCUUUUACUGUCGGCCUCUACAAGGGCAAUAGAGUAGCUGUUAAGAAGAUACAUCGGAAGAAACUUGAUUUGAACAAGAAAUUAUUAUGGGAGAUCAAGCAGGCCCGUAACGUGUCCCAUGAGAACACGGUGCGUUUCAUCGGCGCGUGCGUUGACUGUCCACUGGUGUUCGUACUGACUGAGUACUGCCCCAAGGGCUCACUGAAAGACGUCCUCGCCAACGAGGAACUGCAACUUGAUUGGAAUUUCCGCACCUCGCUGGUGCAUGACAUUGUACAGGGUAUGUGCUACUUGCACAGCGGGCUGGGCGCGCACGGCAAGCUGCGCUCCUCCAACUGCCUCAUCGACGGCCGCUUCGUCCUCAAGAUCUCCGACUACGGCCUCAACACGCUCUGCACGCCCACCGACUUGAUAAAGGGCGAUCUAUACUAUUACAAGUUGUUAUGGACGGCGCCGGAGCUGGUGGCGGGCAGCUUGUAUCCGGGCGCGGUGGCCUCGCUCAAAGGCGAUGUCUACAGCUUCGGCAUCAUCCUUGAGGAGAUCGUGCGCCGCGCCGGGCCCUUCCACCAUUAUACGCCUACAAUGUCCUACAAAGAGAUAGUGCGUCGCGUGUGCGCCCGCGAGUCUCCGCCAUUCAGGCCGGUAGUCGGCGCGGGCGAGGCAGCGGGUGGCGGCGCGGCGGCCGAGCUGCUUGCGCUGGCUGAGCGCUGUUGGUGCGAAUCGCCCGAUGACAGGCCAUCCUUUGAUGCCAUCAAUGCUACUUAUAUCAAAGGUUACUGCGACAAUCUGAUGGAUGAUCUAUUACGUCGCAUGGAGCAGUACGCUAACAACUUGGAGUCGCUGGUAGAGGAGAAGACAGAGCAAUUGUCAAUGGAGAAGCGGAGAUCGGAGGAACUGCUCUACCAAGUAUUGCCCAGACCGGUGGCACAACAACUCAUGGCUGGUGAAGUAGUCCAACCGGAAAGCUUCGAGUGUGUGACUGUAUACUUCAGCGAUAUCGUUGGCUUCACUGAGCUGUGCGCUGCCUCCACACCAAUGCAGGUCGUUGACCUCCUCAAUGACCUCUACAGCACCUUUGAUAGGAUCAUCGGAUACUAUGACGUGUAUAAGGUGGAGACAAUAGGCGAUGCGUACAUGGUGGUGUCAGGUCUGCCGAAGCGAAACGGUGAUAUGCACGCGCGCGAGAUCUGCCUCAUGGCGCUCGCUGUCGUCGAGGCCGUGCGCACCUUCGCCGUCAGACAUCGCCCCUCACAUCGCUUGGAAGUGCGAGUCGGAGUGCACUCGGGACCGGUGUGCGCAGGCGUGGUGGGCGUCAAGAUGCCGCACUAUUGCCUCUUCGGCGACACCGUCAACACGGCCAGCCGCAUGGAGUCCACCGGACAACCGUUGAGGAUUCACUUAAGCGAGAGUACGCGCGUGUUGCUGGAGCAGUGGGGCACGUUCACAGUGGAGCGGCGCGGCGAGGUGGAGCUGAAGGGGCGCGGGCGCAUGCUGACGCACUGGCUGCUGCGCUGCUCGGAGCCCGCGCCGCACCAGGCGGGCCCGCCCGCGCCGCCGCCGCACUAUCCCAUACUGUUCCCCGCGCUGCCACAGCCCAUUGCCUUGCACACACCGUACAUUGUAGUUGAACAACCGACUAUAGCUGGAUAA